UUUGCGCACUAAAACGUGCAAUUCUGUUUGGGUUAUUGAAAACAAUCGUUUCUUGCCAUUAUAAUGGCUGUCAAAAGUCAACUGUGUUCGGUGUGGGUUGGGUCAGAAACGGGAAUACUGAAAGGCGUGAGUCUCAGCAAGAAACAGGCGUUUAAUUUCUGUGAAAUGAGCUGUCUGACUCGGGACCAAGAGGUGUGCACCAUGGCGUGGGGGGACCCGCACGAGACUGAGGUGCUGAUUGGAUGUUUAAAUGGCAGAGUAAAGACAUUCAGCACAGAGAAGGGUAUCUUCACAGAGAGCCGGGAGUGUGGAGAUCUCUCGCAGGGCCGCUUCACUGGCCUCGCUGUCAUGGACAGCUCUUUAAUCACAUGUGUGGAGUCUGGACUUCUUAAGGUGUGGAAUGAAGGCAGCAGUAAUACAGCUGAAAUAAACGUUGGUACUGGUGUAUGUAGAAUGCGACAAAACCCAUCACAGCGCCACCAUGUGGCAACGGGGGGGAAGGAGAACCCUCUUAAACUGUGGGACCUGCAGAGGCCUGACAAAUCCAUAUUCACAGCAAAAAAUGUUGCUAAUGACUGGCUGGAUUUACGUGUGCCUGUGUGGGUGAGAGAUAUAGCCUUCAUCCAAGAUUCCAACAAGAUUGUCACGUGCACAGGACACCACCAGGUACGGGUGUAUGAUCCAUCAUCCCCGCAGAGACGACCUGUUCUGGAGACCCAGUAUGGCGAAUACCCACUCACAACACUGUCGCUGCCGGCUGACCAGGCCAGCGUGGUGGUAGGAAACACACAUGGGCAGCUGGCCAUCCUGGAUCUGCGUAAAGGACUGGUGCGUGGGUGUAUAAAGGGUCUAGCAGGAGGGGUGCGAGGCCUUCAGUGUCACCCCUCUUUACCAGUUCUGGCUUCCUGUGGUUUGGAUCGCUUUCUCAGAGUACACAGCCUGAAGGACCGCACCUUACAGCACAAGGUGUAUAUGAAAUCACGGUUAAACUGUGUGCUGCUCUCCAGUAGAGAUCUUGAACUGUGUGGAUCGGACACAGCUGGGGAGGUAGAGGAGGUGAAAGCUGAGGAAGAGGAGGAUGAGGAUGAGGUUUGGGAUUCCAUGGAGAUGGUCAAAGAGCACCAGGGGAAAAGGGCCACGUGUGAGGAACCCAGUGAGGCUUCUGGGAAUCGUGUUAAGAGGAAGAGGAAAGUAGCAAAGCAGUGACUGUAGCUGUUCCACCUAACACAUGUACGUGGCAACUUAACACAAGUCAUGUUUAUUUACAGUUUAUGCAUAUUUGAAUCUGUACACCAAAAUCAUUAAUCAAAGCUCUAUAAGGUGUGAUCACCUUUUUUUUGCUAACUGAGGGCAAAGUAAUUGCUGUAUUUGAUGUAUCUGCAAAUCUUUUUUUAGAAUAAAUAUUUUUUUGUAAAAACUAGAAUUUGACAAAUAUGAAAAUUGCCAUAGAUGCCGGUGAUAUUAGCUGAUAUAAUUCUACGUGGUCGAUAAUUAAACAGACUUCAGGGCUUUAGUAAAACAGUGCUUUACUCAAUAUUACUAUCAAAUAUCAAAUUAUUUUUAUACAGUUGUCAUUUUGUAAAAACCUUUAAACAGCAGAAGCUCACAAACUUUAAAAGUUUCCCCUUUUUUUUUCCUUUGUCCCCCAGAUAUACAAAAAGUUGGUGAUAUUACAUAUAUCCAAAGUUUGUCUCUGCCCUUGUGAUGGAUCACGCUGUUUUGGGAAAAAGAUGAAUUAAGAGGGUGUUGAGAUUAGAAUACAGUACAGUUCUGUAGGUUAUAUGGGGGGGAAAGGCGAUGCCUACAAAUUAUGGUUACAAGAUCAAAAUUCCAUUCCCUCUGUAUGGAGCAUAAUAAAAACCACUGUUUCUGUGUUAUGAGCAUUUAUACAAAUACUGUAUGGUGGAAAAUAUUCAAAGCACAUUGACAGUCAGUGGUCAGAAGUUAGGUCCACCAGCUCACAUCAUGUCAACUGUAUACAUUACUUGAAGAAUACCUUUAGCCACCUCGUUGGGUUUAACAUGCUGCUGUUAAAAUGGUAAAGUGGUCAGUGGUGCAAAAUUGUUUCAAGCAUAAUGAGUCAUAAACCACAAGUGAGUCUAAACUAUAACAACAUAAAAUAGCACAUUCAAGGUGACAACGAUUAUCUACAUUUUCCUCUUUAAUAUUAGCAUUACACCCCACACAGGCUAAUUCUUCAGUUCUUGAAUCCAAAAUAUCAGAUAGUGAGUAUAGAUUACGAUAUACAUUAAAUUAUAUAGUCACGGUCUCCCCAUAUUGACAUUAUAGUUCCCGUGUCACUAAGUGCGAUGUGAUUUUUUAAAAUUGUUUUAUUUUUUUGAUUUUGGUUUUAGUUUAAUCCCUGCCUUGUUUAUGUUUUGUAUAACCCCACCCUUCAUUGCUUGCAUCUGUGUCUUGUUUUCCCUUAUCUAUCUUGUUUUCCCCUUAUCAUUUAUAUUUUUAUUUAUAUAUAU